AUGUGGAAGCGCGCCACCUCUCUCCUCCUCGCCCGCCGCUCGGCCAUGGCCUCCGUACGCGCCCCGGUCAUCUUGGGAUCCGCCGGCGCCUCCACGGGCGUCCUCCGCCGAGCGCCCGUCUUCUUCUCCACCCUCGAUGCGGGGCAGGCGAGGAUGCGGGUGGAGGACGUGAUGCCGAUCGCCACGGGCCACGAGCGCGAGGAGAUCGAGGCCGAGCUCCAGGGGAAGAAGAGGUUUGAUAUGGACGCACCCGUCGGGCCAUUCGGCACCAAGGAAGCUCCUGCUGUCAUUCAGUCGCACUUCGACAAAAGGAUUGUUGGUUGCCCUGGUGGUGAAGGAGAGGAUGAGCAUGAUGUUGUGUGGUUUUGGUUGGAGAAAGGCAAGCCACAUGAAUGCCCAGUCUGCACUCAGUAUUUCAAGCUUGAGGUUAUAGGGAACGGAGGAAACCCUGAUGGACAUGAUGAUGACGACGACCACCACCAUCAUUAAGUAUUGGAGAGGGCAUCUCAAUGAAGCAGUGGACCGAUGCCUUUU